AUGCCAUCUUCCAUUGCUACAUCCACAUCCACAUCCCCAAAGUCCUUCAAGUGGACCACUCAACGCAUCAAGUCUGGUCGCGUUCAUAAGCGCACCACAUCAUCUGCUUCUUCCCGCAGUACCAAAAAGUCUGCCAGCCACAACGCCACUACCAGCAAGCGUAAUGGCGCCACUCGUGAAGAAUCCAUUCGCCAACUUGAAUCGGAGCUCAAUUACACUUACGAUACCUUGGCCACCAUCUACGUGAUGUUUGGCAGUUUGGAGCAUGCUUAUACCAGCUGCAAGCCUGAAAUGGACCAAUCACAAAACGCCACUCGCUUGUCUGACAAGGAAAAGGAACUUCUCACUCAAUUUGACGAUCUUGGUCUUCAGGUCACACAUUUGGAACGCCAACUUGUCAAGCUUGAAAAACGCCUUGCUGAACUUCGCUCAUCGGCUCCUUCACCUGUUGUCGCCAAUAACAACAUCAUUCAACAACAACAACAAGACACCGUCUCAUGCGCAACCACUUCCCCUGAUGUCCUUUUUGACGCUUCACCCAUUGUUUCACCCGCCACAUCACCCUAUCUUUCUUAUCCUCCAGCUGAAGCCGUUACUCCUUCAUCUUCAUACAGCACCGCUUUCUAUCCCGAAUCCGAUAUCUCUUUGUGCGGCAGCCAAUCAUUCCAAUAUCCCAUUCAACAACAAGCUUACUUCCCAUCGGAACCCUCAUCGAUGCUCUUUGAUACCUCCUCCAUGAUGUACGGCUACUGGCCUGCUACCGUCGCUCCUUUCUAA